CCUUUGCGUGCGCGCUCGCCGGUGUGUCACCUUGCUGAUCACGGUGCUGGUGGUGGAACCGAGUGUCCCAGACACCCCAGAAAAAUAAAACACUGCAGCCAUGGCAGCCGCGUCCGGUUCAGCGAAAACCAAAAGCUCCCCAAAGUCCAUCAAGUUCCUGUUCGGCGGCUUGGCUGGGAUGGGGGCUACGGUGUUUGUUCAGCCGCUGGACCUGGUGAAGAACAGGAUGCAGCUGAGUGGUCAGGGUUCGAAGGCUCGGGAAUAUAAGACCAGUCUGCACGCUGUGGCCAGCAUCCUGCGCAAUGAAGGGGUCCGGGGCAUUUAUACAGGUCUCUCGGCCGGUCUCCUCAGGCAGGCGACCUACACCACCACUCGUCUGGGGAUUUACACGAUUCUGUUUGAGAAACUGACGAAAGCAGACGGAACUCCUCCCAAUUUCCUCAUGAAGGCGCUGAUUGGAAUGACGGCCGGAGCCACAGGAGCGUUUGUUGGCACUCCGGCCGAAGUGGCUCUCAUCCGCAUGACCGCAGACGGACGUCUUCCCCUUGACCAGAGGAGAGGUUACACAAACGUCUUCAACGCCCUGAUCCGAAUCACCAGGGAGGAGGGAGUCACAACACUGUGGAGGGGUUGUGUACCCACCAUGGCCAGGGCAGUGGUAGUGAACGCAGCACAGCUGGCUUCUUAUUCACAGUCUAAGCAGGCUCUGCUGGACACAGGUUAUUUCUCUGAUGAUAUCCUGUGUCAUUUCUGUGCCAGUAUGAUCAGUGGGCUCGUCACCACAGCCGCCUCCAUGCCAGUCGACAUCGCAAAAACCAGGAUUCAGAACAUGAGGAUGAUCGACGGUAAGCCGGAGUACAAGAACGGACUCGACGUGUUGGUUAAGGUGGUGAGGAAGGAAGGCUUCUUCAGCCUGUGGAAGGGUUUCACGCCGUACUACGCCCGUCUCGGCCCACACACUGUCCUCACCUUCAUCUUCCUCGAGCAGAUGAACAAGUUCUACAAGAUCUACUUCCUGGACUCAUAGAGUCUUAAUGGGAACCCGCACGGCUCGGGUCGGCCGAGGUUCUGAGCCUCUCUCUCUCUCUCUCUCUCUGUGUGUGCGUGUGUGUGUGUGUGUGUGUGUGUGCGUGUGCCCUGCCCUGUUUUUUCUAACACACCCUGCUCAACUUCCCCUGACUCAGAAUUGUGUACUGAUGUGGAAGUUCAGAGCAGUGAGUGAGCACUUGCAGCACAAAAUCUCCUCAGGUGCUAGUGUGCUAGGAACUAGCAUGCUAAUUAGCUAGCAGAGUAAACUAGCAUGUUUUACAUGUUUUAUUGCUCACAGUCAUAUUUGUGAAAGCGCUCCGUCGUCUGUUGGCUGUUUUUUAUGAAGAUGAGGCGGUGUCGAUCUCUCUGACUUCACUGUAACGGUUUUUAAGCUGAAGGGGAAGUGAGCGAGGGUGUGUUGGAUGAAGGGAUUGGAACACAGACACUAGUCUUACUCUCCCGCCGAUAGUCUCGUCUUCAGCCUCAUCAUGUGCUCCAGGAUGUUUUUCCUCCUCUCCACCAUGACCCUGACAGACUCGGCUCAGAGCCCUGCGCCACUCAUAGGACUUUCAGAACGACAAAUAUAAAGGAAAAAAAAAGAAGAGAAGAAGAAGAGGUUCUGUCUCGUACAUGAAGCUACACAAACAACACACUUCUCAUUUUAUUUUCUGCCUUUAAAUUAAAAAGACUCGAUCUGAAUUUUCUUGUGUGAAUCCAGUCUUAGAGAUGAUGAUGAUGUGUGUGUGUGUGUGUGUGUGUGUGAGAGAGAAAUAUCUAUAAUAUAAUAAGCUGUAGAAAUAUCACCUCUCUCUCUCUCUCUCUCUCUCUCUCUCCCUCUCCCUCCCCCCAUGUCUCUCGCCCUCAUUUACAGUGAAAACCGCAAACUCUUAUUAAAGAAGUUCUCAGUUUUUUUCCCCCA